UCACUCUCAGGCCCUCACUUCCAUGCCCGUUCUAACCAAAAAUCCACCGUCCACUUCCACUUCCUACCCAACACCACCCCUUUACCUCGCUUUCCGUUGGCGCCAUGGCCGUGCAGGCGCGCCACCUCUCCCACGCCUUCUUCCACGACCCCCACGCGUUCGGCUUCAGGGCUAUGGAGGAUGCGGCGGCGGCUGGCAGCACGGUGCUCUUGGACGACUACGGAGUGCGCGCGCCGGCGGCGGCGCCAGCAGGGAUCGGGGGCACGACGACGUUGCGCAGCGAUUUCCCCCGCGGCGACCUGGCGUGCGAUUACGCUCUCGAGCCGAGGAAGCGGCCGCGCGUUGCGCCGGCGACGUUCUCGGAGGAUCAGAGCAGCGUGGUGAUGCGCCCGCCGGCGCCGGCCGUGGGCGACUUGCAGGACAGAGUGCUGGGCUCCGGCGCCGCGUCCAGCAGCGGUAGGCUGGGCAAUGGCGCGAGCGUCUCGCAGCCGCAGGGCCUCCUGUUGUCGACGCUGUACCACCAGGACGUGGACAUCGACGCGCUCGUAAGACUCGAGAGCGAGAGGAUCCGAGCGGGGCUGGAGGAGGCGCGGCGGAGGCACGCGCGGGAGCUGGUGGCCGCCGUGGAGCGCGCCGCGUCGGGGCGGGCGCGCGCCGCGGAGGCCGAGCUGGAGCGGGCGCUCCGCCGCAACGCGGAGCUGGAGGAGAAGGCCCGGCAGAUGGGCGCCGAGUGCCAGGCGUGGAUGGGCGUCGCCAGGAGCCACGAGGCCGUCGCCGCCGGCCUCCGCGCCACCCUCGACCAGAUGCUGCGGCUACAGUCGCCCUGCGCCUGCACGGCGGCGGCCGUCUCCGUCAACGAGGGUGCGGCCGCGGAGGACGCGCAGUCGUGCUGCGGCUUUGAGGCCCCGGCCCCCGACGCCGACGCCGACGCCGCGUCCAACGAGGCCGCCGCAGCGUCGUCGUCUUGCAGUUGCAAGGCGUGCGGCGGCGGCGGCGCGUGCGUGCUGCUGCUCCCUUGCCGGCACCUCUGCCUGUGCCGCUCGUGCGAGGCCGCCGUGGACGCGUGCCCUGUCUGCUCAGCCGCCAAGAACGCCUCGCUCCAUGUCCUGCUCUGCUGAAGCAUACCACGUUCCAGCACGCCGAUGAGCAUGGAAGGGAAGCCAAGGCCUUUAAUUUCUCCGAGAAGCUGCCUGCUGCUCGACGACGAUCUGUUCUCAGCUUCCGCACUUGGAUCACUCGAUCAAGCAAGGGGCAAAUCAUACAGCUGCAAUCUGUUAGACAAGGAAAGGACAAGGUGGAUGGAGUUUUGACAUCUAAAUGAGAUGGAAUCAUGCCUCAAUUUGUUCAUGUUAUCAGCCUGGCAAAGCAAUCUUGUGCGACGAGCUUGCAGUGCGACAAGCCGACAAACACUGCUCUGAUACGCAAAAAUCUGGCGAUGGCAACAAGUUUUGUGUAGCUUGAACAUUGUUGAGACUUCAGACAAGUGGUUUCUGGAGGCGUUCGUUUCGUUCAUGAUCAAUCGUUCCGGCCUCCGGUUCCGGUGUGGCAAAACUCUGCUCGCUGAAGCUGCUAUGCUACGGCUACGGGCGCGAGCGAACACUGGUGCUCCGAGGAGUUCGGUUGACUACGACGAUGAAGGCGUUGCUGGAACGGAAAUGCCACUCGCGGUAUAUGGAUUUGGCAAGGACGAUAAAGAAUUAAAGAUCUGGCAAAGAAAUUAAACUUUGUUCUUUAGAGAUAGUCUUGUCUGCGAAAGAUCUCUUCUUUUUUUCAGGGAAGUUGUUAAACGUUGCUGAGGAGUGAAGCAAGAGGUAACGAUGUUUGUAUGUGCAGGCACGAUGUGGACAUUAUGGAAACCUUGCAAUGAUGUGGUGUUUAAUAAGAAGACGCUAUCUAUGCCGGUGGUGAUGGUUUACAAGUCGAUUUCCCUGAUGAAGACAUAGAUCCCAUUACUGAAGCCGAAACUCAAACCCUUAGCAGAGGAGAUGACUCAGAUUAUCAUGACCAAUGCUAAUAAUCUGUAAUCUGUUCUGUAGUGUGACUUCAAUUGCUGCCCUUUGGGUUCCCCGGUGGGGGUAGUUUGUUGGCUUGAUAUACUUUAGUAAAGCUGGGCAAUGUCUUUUGAUCUAAAAAAAUGUUCUACGACUGAAAAAAUGCCCUAGAAAAUUUGACAUUUUAGCUCUUGGACAAUAGAUUGUGUCAUAUCAGCUUGAGAUUGUGGUAUGGAUCAUCUUUAAUAAAUAGACAGGGUACAUGGUAUUACUGUUGAGCACUAA